GUGUUUUUUUUGUUGUUGUUUUUGUUUCCUGUCGGUAUAUUCUGGGAGGGUGUCUAACCCGUGUGAGUCUGGAGAGUGCCUGAUUGUAUGCAUGUGUUCGUGCGGCUCCACGGCUUCGGCUACGGAGUCCGAGUGGGCUGCACCCUGAUUCUCGCGGAACGUCAUACGGCAUAACGGUCAUCUACUCCUUGGAGUAGCCUGGUCCGGGGCUUAUAUGGAUAGACCUUAGCCAAGACGUUCCUAAGCUCCCGCGAGGGACGCGAGCAGGACAGCGCCUGAAAGAUCCCCCUCCCCUUGUCGGCAACAUCGUACUGGGAAGGGAAACACUACCCUUGCCUCCUGUCUCGUGUUCCCGUGUUCUUGUCUGUCUCUAGUCUUGUGAGGCCUCUGUUUGACCUAUACUGCGGGUAGCGGUAUAGUGUUUGCACAACAGCGUGCGUUGUUGGACUGUAUCUGUAGGCAGCUUGAGAAGGAGCUGACGAGCUCGAACUUCUCCCCUGCCAACCCUGGGGGACGCUCCAGGGUGUCGAGGGGCUCGAUUUUUUGGAGCCCCUCAUCUGUCCGAGGGUUAUAUCCGUCUGUCCGUUCCAGAGGGAUCCCUCGGCCCUGGACGGAAUCUGUCCACCACAGGGAGAUCUCGAGGCUCCUCUGGGCCGGUGGAAAUCUUGCUUUCGGUAGCCUACCGAAACCGCGCAGCGACCUUUUUGUUGAUUGUUCUGUGCGUACUGUUCAUUGUCCUUGGUGUUUUCUUUGAGUCUAAAAUGGGGCAGACUCUCACAACCCCUCUGAGCCUCACUCUGGGCCACUGGAAAGAUGUUCGGGCCCGAGCCGACAACUUAUCCGUAGAGAUCAAAAGGAGUAAAUGGCAUACUCUCUGCACUUCCGAAUGGCCCACCUUCAAGGUCGAAUGGCCUGCAGGAGGAACCUUUAACAUCAAUGUUAUCUUGCAGGUCAAGGAGCGAAUCUGCGAUCAAGGACCUCAAGGCCAUCCAGAUCAAGCACCUUACAUUUUAAUGUGGGAGAGCCUAGUCAAAGAGCCCCCUGCGUGGGUCUCUCCUUUUGUCCCUUCUAGCUCUCCCUCUGCUCUCCCUCUUCCCUUAAACCCUACCUCUCACCCAGUUCCCUCUGCUCCACCGGCAUCGACUCCCCACCCCACACCGACUCCUACCGAUCCCUCGAAACCCCCCACCUCUUCCUACCUAUAUCCUGUAGUCCCUACUGACCCUCCCUCGUUCAACAACGAUUCCUCUUUGCGACGCCCUAGGCAGGUCCUCCCUCCCGAGGAAUCCCCUUUAAUAGACCUCCUAACCGAGGACCCUCCACCUUAUCAUCCUCCUAGGCCGACAUCCGGCCCCAUGGGGGAAUCAGAUCAUACAUCUCCAAUUGCUGGCAGAGUUAGAGGCCGGCAGAGACCAGAACAAGGGGAGACUUCUAAGCUCCUUCCCUUGCGCCAAGGAAGGGAACCAGGGAGCCUCCAAUAUUGGCCCUUCUCUGCAUCUGACUUAUAUAAUUGGAAGUCGCAUAACCCCUCCUUCUCACAGGAUCCUGUGGCCCUAACCGCCUUAAUUGAAUCUAUCUUAGUCACACAUCAGCCUACUUGGGACGAUUGCCAGCAGCUCUUGCAGGCUCUUCUCACUACAGAGGAGAGACAAAAAGUCUUUCUAGAAGCCAGAAAGAAUGUCCCGGGGGAUGACGGAAGGCCCACACAACUUCCUAACGUGAUCAACGAAGCCUUCCCCCUGACUCGCCCUGACUGGGACUUCAAUACACCUGCAGGUAGGACCCACCUACGUCUUUACCGCCAGUUACUCAUAGCAGGCCUCCAUAAUGCUGGGCGACGCCCCACUAAUUUGGCCCAGGUAAGACAGGUAACUCAAGGAAAGGAGGAAUCCCCAACUGCCUUCCUUGAAAGGCUUAAGGAAGCCUAUCGUAGGUAUACGCCUUUUGACCCAGAUAGUGACGAACAAAGAGGAAAUGUCUCCAUGACAUUCAUCUGGCAGUCGGCUCCAGAUAUUAGGAACAAGUUACAGCGUUUGGAGAACCUCCAAGAUUUCUCCUUGCAGGAUUUAUUAAAGGAGGCAGAAAAGAUUUUUAAUAAAAGAGAAACUCAGGAGGAAAAAGAGGAACGACUUAGGAAGUUGCAGGAGGAAAAAGAGGAAAAACUAAAGAAGGAAGCUGAGGAAAAGGAAGAAAAGCGAGAGCGUAAACGAAACAAGGAACUUAGUAAAAUCUUGGCCGCCGUAGUGCAAGGCAGUCAGGGCUUAGAGAUGGGGAAGUCAGAGAGGGAGGGAGACAUAAGGAGGCUCCGGAUAGAACGGGACCAAUGUGCCUAUUGCAAGGAGAGAGGACAUUGGGCCAAGAACUGCCCGAGGAAGAAGAACGCUAAGCAAGUCACAACACUUAUGGCUUUAGAUGAAGAUUAGGGGCGUCAGGGUCAGGAGCCCCCCCCUGAACCCCGGGUAACCCUAACCGUUGGGGGGCAACCAAUCACCUUCUUAGUAGAUACAGGGGCUCAACACUCCGUUUUGACCAAGAACCCGGGGCCACUCAGCAACCGGAUGGCCUGGGUUCAAGGAGCCACAGGAGGAAAGCAAUAUCGCUGGACUACGAACAGGAAAGUACACCUGGCCUCAGGUAAAGUUUCUCAUUCAUUUCUUCAUGUCCCCGACUGCCCAUACCCACUUCUGGGUAGAGACCUAUUAACCAAACUCAAAGCCCAGAUCCAUUUUGAACCACAAGGGGCCACUGUAACCGGCCCUAAUGGGACUCCUCUACAUGUCCUCACCCUACAAUUGGAAGAAGAAUAUAGACUGCACGAGAAGCCCUCUCAACCUCAGAGGGACAUAAAGUCCUGGCUCACAUCUUACCCGGAUGCCUGGGCAGAAACAGGAGGAAUGGGAUUAGCUAUCCAGCAGCCCCCCAUUCACAUACAGUUAAAAGCAACCACCAUUCCUGUCAGUGUUAAACAGUACCCCAUGUCCAACGAGGCCCAUCAGGGCAUCAAGCCACACAUACGGCGGUUAUUAGACCAGGGUAUUUUGACCCCAUGCGUCGAUGACAUCCUGCUGGCAGCCACCAACGAGGAAGACUGCCGAACAGGUACUGGGGAUCUCUUAGUAACCCUAGGCCAAUUGGGGUAUAGGGCAUCUGCCAAGAAGGCCCAGAUUUGCCAGGAUAGGGUCACCUACCUGGGCUAUGAACUAUAUGAUGGACAACGGUGGCUAACGGCUGCAAGGAAGGAAACUAUUUCUAACAUUCCUGCGCCUCAAAACCAUAGGCAAUUGCGGGAGUUCCUAGGAACAGCAGGCUUUUGUAGACUAUGGAUCCCGGGAUUCGCAGAGAUAGCGGCCCCUUUAUAUCCAUUGACUAAACAAGAUACCCCUUUUGUUUGGACUGAACAACGGCAACAGGCGUUUGAUCAUAUCAAACGAGCGCUUCUUAAAUCUCCAGCAUUGGGCCUGCCAGACAUAACGAAGCCCUUUGACCUCUUUGUUGAUGAAAAACAAGGCUUCGCUAAAGGGGUCUUGACCCAAAGACUCGGGCCUUGGAGACACCCCGUUGCCUAUCUCUCUAAGAAAUUAGACCCCGUAGCGGCUGGCUGGCCACCAUGCCUAAAGAUGAUUGCGGCAAUUGCAGUCCUUAUCAAAGACGCCACCAAACUGACACUGGGACAGCCCCUAACCAUACUAGCUCCACACACAGUGGAGUCUUUAAUCAGACAACCACCGGACCGCUGGCUGUCAAACGCCCGCCUGACCCAUUACCAGUCCCUCCUCCUGGACACGGACAGAAUCCAGUUUGGGCCUGUAGUGACCCUUAACCCUGCAACCUUGCUGCCCACUCCGGGAGAGACGCCACCAUUACAUGACUGUCACCAGAUCCUUGCUGAGACUCAAGGGACACGGCCCGACCUGACUGAUCAGCCUAUCAAGGAUGCAGACCUGACCUGGUACACGGAUGGCAGCAGCUAUCUACAAGAUGGAAAGCGACGGGCAGGGGCUGCCAUCACGACGGACUCUCAGCUUGUAUGGGCCAGCGCGCUACCAGAAGGUACAUCAGCACAACGGGCGGAGCUGAUAGCUUUGACCCAGGCCCUCCAACUGGCAGAAGGUAAGAGCCUUAAUGUCUAUACCGACAGCAGGUAUGCUUUUGCCACUGCCCAUGUCCAUGGAGAGAUCUAUAGAAGAAGGGGACUGCUCACCUCAGAUGGAAAAGAAAUCAAGAAUAAAGCCGAGAUAUUAGCCUUAUUAAAAGCCUUGUUCCUUCCCAAAAAGCUGAGCAUAAUGCACUGUCCUGGCCACCAGAAAGGGGAGACCCCUGAGGCAAGGGGAAACCGCCUGGCUGAUACGAUGGCUAAACAGGCAGCCCUGGGACCCCAAUUGCUAACUGUCACAAUACUUACUGAGACAGAAGACAUAGAUGAUGCCACCACUUGGAAUUAUGAGGAGGCCGAUUUGGACUAUGUACAAAAACUGGGAGCUGACUACAAUCCAGCCCUCAAUCGAUGGGAAUAUAAAGGGAAAGCCGUAAUGCCCAUAAAAAUGGCAAAGGAGCUAAUAACUCACCUACAUCGGCUAACCCAUCUGAGUGCAAGCAAAAUGAAGACCCUCAUGGAAAGGGCCAACUUAGAAAACCAUUUCCCCAAACAAAAUUUUCUUCUUCAUCAAGCAGCUACUAAUUGUAGAGCCUGUGCUCAAGUCAAUCCUGGAAAGACUGUUAUUGGACCAGGUGUUCGGGCACGCGGACGGCGACCUGGCACACACUGGGAAGUUGACUUUACCGAGAUUAAACCCGGCAUGUAUGGAUAUAAGUAUCUCUUAGUAUUUCUAGACACCUUUUCAGGAUGGACGGAAGCUUUUCCUACCAAAAAGGAGACAGCUACCAUGGUUGCUAAGAAACUGUUAGAAGAAAUCUUCCCAAGGUAUGGUAUGCCUGAGGUGCUAGGGUCCGACAACGGGCCUGCCUUUGUCUCCCAGGUAAGUCAGUCGGUGGCCAAGCUGCUGGGGAUUGAUUGGAAACUACAUUGUGCUUAUAGACCCCAGAGUUCAGGGCAGGUAGAGAGGAUGAAUAGAACCAUCAAGGAGGUUUUGACCAAAUUACUGCUCGAAACUGGCUCUAAAGAUUGGGUAUCGCUCCUACCUCUAGCGCUCUAUCGGGCUAGGAACACCCCAGGGCCUCAUGGCCUAACUCCCUUUGAGAUUCUUUAUGGUGCUCCACCCCCCGCUGUCACAUUCUUUGCCCCCGAUAUCUCCGCUCAUGCCCCCUCCCCCUCUAUACAGGCCCACCUGCAAGCUCUGCAGUUGGUGCAGCAGGAAGUCUGGAAACCCCUGGCAGCCGCCUACGGAGAGAAACUCGACAUCCCGCUAAAGCCACAUCCCUAUAAAAUAGGAGACUCCGUCUGGGUUCGCAGACAUCGAGCCACAAACCUUGAGCCCCGCUGGAAAGGACCCCACACCGUGCUCCUGACGACACCCACAGCACUAAAGGUCGACGGAAUUGCAGCCUGGAUUCACGCCUCCUAUGUAAAAGCAGCACAUACAGAAGAACAAACCGAACCCCUUCAAGAUCUG